UCAGGCUAGUUAACUCCAGUCGAAGACAACUUGUUUUUCUGUUCCUCUCAUCUGGUUUUAGACUGAGUCAGAUUUGCCGAUUUCAGUAUGCGUUGGUUCCUUUUACUAGGCCUCGUGUGCGUGGCCAAAGCCAACUUGAUUGUUCCAGCUUGCGAGGAUCCAGGAGAAAUCGACAAUGGCAACAAGCAAGGAACCAGCUUCUUUAUAGGCGACAAAGUGACGUACAGUUGUAAUGCAAACUACCGGAUGGACGGCAAAGCUGAAUUGACCUGUUCCGAAGUCGCUAAAUUGACAUUCGAAUUCCAACCAAAAAAGCCGUCAUGCGAACUCUUAUCAUGUGGCGACGCACCUGUUGUAGAGAACGGAGUGGGAAAACCAAGCGCCACGCCCUCUGUUCCUGGUAGUACUGCAUGGUAUGAUUGCGAUGAUGGCUACAGGAGGGAUGGGCCAGGAGACAUUAGCUGUCAAGAUGACGAAACGUGGCAGACGGCACCAACAUGUAUCCAAAAAACAUGUGGCGACAUCGAUGUUGUAGUUAAUGGAGCCUACGCGGCUGAUACCAUUCCUGCCACUCCCGGAACCCAGGCAACUCUUUCGUGUGAUGCUGGAUACGAAGCAGUUAACUCAAGCCCCAUUGACUGUGAAGCAACUGACGGAGGUAAUGGCGAUCCAUCAUGGACAGGUGUAAGCUCUUGCCGAUUCUUAUCAUGUGGCGACGCACCUGUUGUAGAGAACGGAGUGGGAAAACCAAGCGCCACGCCCUCUGUUCCUGGUAGUACUGCAUGGUAUGAUUGCGAUGAUGGCUACAGGAGGGAUGGGCCAGGAGACAUUAGCUGUCAAGAUGACGAAACGUGGCAGACGGCACCAACAUGUAUCCAAAAAACAUGUGGCGACAUCGAUGUUGUAGUUAAUGGAGCCUACGCGGCUGAUACCAUUCCUGCCACUGCCGGAACCACAGCAACUCUCACAUGUGAGCCUGGAUACGAAGCAGCUGACUCAACCCCCAUUGACUGUAAAGAAACUAACGGAGGUGAAGGCGACCCAUCAUGGACAACUUUGAGUUCUUGCGAAGAAAAAACAUGUGGCGACAUCGGUGUUGUAGUUAAUGGAGCCUACGCGGCUGAUAACGAUCCUGCCACUGCCGGAACCACAGCAACUCUCACAUGUGAGCCUGGAUACGAAGCAGCUGACUCAACCCCCAUUGACUGUAAAGAAACUAACGGAGGUGAAGGCGACCCAUCAUGGACAACUUUGAGUUCUUGCGAAGAAAAAACAUGUGGCGACAUCGGUGUUGUAGUUAAUGGAGCCUACGCGGCUGAUAACGAUCCUGCCACUGCCGGAACCACAGCAACUCUCACAUGUGAGCCUGGAUACGAAGCAGCUGACUCAACCCCCAUUGACUGUAAAGAAACUAACGGAGGUGAAGGCGACCCAUCAUGGACAACUUUGAGUUCUUGCGAAGAUAAAACAUGCCCCGCCUUCGAAGCGCAAGAAGAUAUCACAAUAAAUCUUGCUGCUGGUGAAAAUUACCGUGAGAUCAACAUUUUUGCGAUGACAGCCACCGACGAGGGCAGUGGACUACGUGAUGUUAUCUGUACUCCUGAGCCUGGGACAUACCCCGCAGGAGCAGGGCCGUGUGUUGUCUCGUGUACGGCUACAGAUAACGCAGGCAAUUCCUGCGAUGGAUCUUACACUAUCAAUCUUGUAAAAGCCGCGGUCAAGUCAUGUGGGGUUCCACCUCAAGUUGAUAAUGGAAAGGUAAAGGCAAGCGCUGAACCCUCUAUUGCUGGAAGUACUACUGCAUGGUAUGAUUGCAAUGACGGCUACAAGUUGGAAGGACUAAAUGACAUUGAAUGUCAAGAUGAUGCAACAUGGCAGGAGGCACCAGAAUGCAUCGCUGUAGCUGAGUGUCCCCUGGGAUUUAUCAGGGACGGACCAUCAGGCAGAUGUUUCAAGCUGGUAACUGACCAAUCCUUCUUCGACGCUGCUUGCAAGAGAUGCAAGGCCGAAGGCGGGUUCCUAGCCCUGGCUUCAACCACGGAACAGGCUCAAGAAGUGACAGCAUUCCUCUCAGCUCAACAGAGAUCUGCCAAUCAUUGGAUCAACCUUAACCAACUCUGUGGUUCGUGGCAGACAACUGAAUUCGCCGAAGUCAGCUCUUCAAUUACCUGGCGCAACAACAACAACGCUGAUUGUGCUGCUUCCAACAGGAGUGGAUUGGCACAAAUCUGCUGCUGGAAGAGACUUCCAGCUGUUUGCGAAGCUUCAUAGAUACCAUCUACUGGCGGUUGCUGUGCAUUACCUGUAUUGGUCCCACUUCUGAUUCAACAAAUUAUCAAUCUUUAAUAGAUGCAUCAUAAGAAAUAAACCACAAUUUAUUAUGAAUUGUCUUCCUCAUCAUGAAUGUAUAAGGUACUCUACCAGAUGAAUAGUUUUCAAAACUUGUAUCUCUUAAUCCCUAAAACACAAGAGCGUCAUGAAGCUCGAUACUGUAGUGGUUCUGACAGUGGUUUUCAAUACCACCUCAAACGUAUGUUUCACUCCCCUGAGUUGUCUAGUCUAACUUUCAAUUUUAACAAUGCAGCACAUGUACAGCAACAAUUACACUUGCAUUCCAGGACAAGAUACGUCUUGAAUUAUCUUCUUUUCAACUGGACAAACUUUGCUAAAUCUUAUGAAACAUUUAUGUCUAGAGGAUUCCAUGCAUUGUUUACCAGCCUUUAUCUUCAUUAAUGUAAUCACUCUUAACUAUUAACAAAUCUUUUGGAAAUUGACAUGCCACUACGUGUGUUAAUUUGUCAAAAGAUAAUUGGUUCUUUGGGAGACUCUACUUUAUUUCAAAUUAAAGCUGCUGCUAUUAACUCUUAACUAAGUUAACUUGUAUCUAUCAUAAUGGUAUUGUUUAAUCUUUCUUUACAUGUUAAUGUAAUCACUCUUAACUAAAAAAAAAUCUUUUGGAAAUUGACAUGCCACUACAUGUAUUAAUUUGUCAAAAGUUAAUUGGUUCUUUGGGGAACUCCACUUUAUUUCAAAUUAAAGCUGCUGCUAUUAACUCUCAACUCAGUUAACUUGUA